UGGAGAGCCGAUGAUCUCCUUUAUUUACAAACUAAAAAUACUUACGUAGUGAUAGUGAAUAUAUUCGCGAUCGGAUAUUCAUUACCAUUACCGUUGUGGAUUCAAGAACUAUCUAAGAAUGACUAGACACGCAAGAAAUUGCACGGCAGGAGCUGUAUACACAUACCAUGAGAAGAAAAAAGAUGCUGCUGCUUCAGGGUAUGGCACCCAAAGCGAAAGAGUCGGGAAGGAUUCCGUGAAGAACUUCGACUGUUGUAAUUUGACUUUACAACCCUGCAGAAACCCUGUCGCCACUAAAGAAGGUUACUUGUUUGAUAAGGAAGCUAUCCUGGAAUACAUUAUAACAAAAAAGAAUGAGUACACACGCAAACUGAAACAGUAUGAGAAGCAAUUGAAGAAAGAGGAAGCUGAGAAAAAUGAGCUUGCUGCUGCUGAAAAGGAGGCAAAUUUGAUUAAAUUCAUGAACCGAGAGAAAAAUAUUUCAAGCAGUGCAACAAAGUCAGAAAGUGGACCAUCUACCUCAAGUUCAGUGUCGAACUUGGCGAACGGAAAAGACAAACAAUUACCUAGUUUCUGGGUUCCAUCACAAUUACCAGAUGCAAAGGUGUCCAAAUUACAAAAGCCGGACCCUACAGUAUAUUGCCCUAUCAGUGGAAAACCACUAAAAAUGAAAGAUCUCAUUGAAAUUAAAUGGACUUUAGUAAAUGACCCUGAUGAUAAAAAGUCAUUGAUUGCUAAAGAAAACAGGUACAUGUGUCCAGUUACACAUGACAUCCUUAGCAAUGCUGUACCAUGUGCCAUAAUCAGGACAACUGGUCAUGUGGUCACAAUGGAGUGUAUUGAGAAGAUCAUCAAGAAGGACUGGCUGCAUCCACUCACAGGAGACAAGUUGAAGGAGAAAGACAUCAUCCCAAUGCAGAGGGGAGGCACAGGAUAUGCUCUUACAAAUCAGAACCUUGAGGGGAAAAAUGAGAGGCCUGCACUGCAGGCAUAGAGCAGUUCUGCAGUAAUGGCUUAGUUAGCAUAACUUAGAUAUGCUCUAAUUUAAAUUUUAAGGACUUCUAAAUACUUACUCACUUUGUACAUAGUUUGAAAUAAUUAUUAUGAUGUAAAUAAAAGGAAGAAGCUGUAAAAA